GCAGCUCGAGAAAAGAUGGCCUGUGCAAGCAAACGCUCGAAAACUGUCAUUCCCCUUCGUGCCAGUGCCAAGUUAAGAGUGCCAUAAUUUAAUCUGGAUCAGGCCUGAUUUCGAAAGGUCAGGUCACCUGAGUUCCUUUCAGUGAAGCGGCGACUCAAAGAACGUUUUCGGCCUCUAACUCACUAUCAGCAUCGCAUUAGACUAUCAAACGAUUGAGGUUAGCUCAGCCUUGGCCUCGCUUCGCUUGGCUCCACAUAGCCUUGCUGCUAUUUGCCUGGAGAGGGUGCGACGUGCUCUCUCCAUUUCCGACCAGCUCAGCUCCGUUCAGCUCAGUGCAGCUGAAGCAUUCUCGAUCGAGAGAGAGAGGAGGAAGGCAGAGUGAGGGAGGAGUCGAGCUCCCGCAAAUUGGGACGCAGACAUGGCUUCAGUUUUUACAAUUCCCGCUUCUUGUGCGAAUUGCACAGCAGGCCCUGCGUCAUCAAGGGCUGCUUCCACCUCUCCUCGAACCCAAUGUACCCUCAAAAGCUUGGACACGAAGAAAUUCCGACAGAUGGUCGCACUGCCGAGUGUGCAGCCAAGGAGCCAGAGGUCCUUUGCUGGAAAGGUUUAUGCGACGGCUAUGGUUGUCAAGGGUGCUGAAACAUACGCCUUACCAACAUGGGCAGACUUUGAAAUGGGGUCCUCCUGCGUCUUCUGGGAGACUCAAAAUGGCCACCCUCCGACAGCUGGGGAGCUUCUCACAAUAUUCUUCAAUCCUGCCGGGAGCAAUCUGGUACCUAGGACCGAAUACGGCAUUGGGUUUAAUGGAGGAUUCAAUCAACCAAUCAUGUGUGGUGGGGAGCCCAGAAUCAUGACCAAAAAGGAGCGUGGUGCUAGAUGUGAACCUUUUUAUGUAAUUAAGAUCAACGUGCCUGAACAUGCUCUCUCUUUAGAGUUCUCCUUUACUGACGGCGCGAGUUGGGAUGGGCCAUACAAACUGAAAUUUGUGACCCCUGCCAAGUGGAAGAAUGAACCUGUGAGCUUCUUCAAUGAGGGUCUCGCCCAGGCCCUCGCACACGAAGGAGCUUGUGAAAGUGCAAUCUACCCCGAACCAACUUUCGUCCAGGAUCGCUGCUCUUUUCCGGCCAAUUUGACAAUUGAAGGGGGUGACCGUUGCGAGCUUGAUCUAGUGCCUGGGUGUACUGAUCCAGAGAACCCAUUUUACAACCCAUUGGCUAAUGUCGAGGACGGUUCCUGCCCAUACAUAAGUGACAGCGAUUCUGAAUGAGUUUCUGGACAAUUGUAAAUGCCCUUCCAUUAUUAGUCGACAGACCUUUCCGAUAGAACGUGACUGAUCGGAGCUAUUAAGUACUCAGGUACUUCGAGAUUGUUUCCAAGAAGGCCUUUCUGAGAUUUAGCAAGCAACUUGAUAUCUGUUAUAUUAAUUCACUUCUAAGGUGGUGUACAUUAGUGCUUAAGAGUAUCUUGACGGGACACAGAUCGUCAGUUCUAGUAGGAUAGAUGUUUAUAUCAUUUGACCCUGAUCUACAUGCGUGCGAAGCUGGGUUCAACAAAGCUUUAGGUUUCAUGACACUUAUCUACGAUCUCCCCCCUGCCCUUGUCAUAUCUUGAGAACGCAAGGCACGGAGUUCCCAGACUUUGUUGCUGUACAUAGCUGGUUGGACUCGUCUGGAUUUCAUGUCACUGUGAUGUUUUGGGUUGUUGUGUUUAUUACUUUGUACCUGUCUUUUUAUCGAUGACUAUUCUCGAGAAGAUAGUUCUAGCAAGUUUUCUUAGAUUUCAGGAAGUAAGACACCACACUUGACAUUGUCCACAUCGUCC